AUGCGCAGCCAAAUACAACGUCAAGCUGCGCACGCACUGCGGUGCUCCAGACACAUCCCCGCUGCACGCUUGCAGUCGUCGACAGCCCCCCUACAGCCCAGCCUACGAUGCGCCGCUCUCCGCUCAAUAUCGACAACCGCGCGCCUCCGCACGGGCGAGGCGCCCCGGCCGGCCACAGACUUUGGCAGCCUUGACGUGCUGGGGAACACACCGGCGCCGUCCACGUCGGUGGACGUUUGCAUGCACGACGGCUUCGGCCUGAACAGCAACGUCACCAUCAGGGGAGGAGAUGGUGCGCUACUGGUGUCGGGCGAGGCUUUCUCCUGGAGACCUUGGGCGGUACGCGGCGACGGUCAGAUGACGAUAUUGAACAAGAAAGGGCAGGUCGAAUUUUCGAAAGAAGCCUUUGGCGUCCUGGACCUGCUCUGGCCGCGGCCUGGUACGACACCCUCUCCUCGGCCAUUUCUCCUGGCACGCAUGCAAAUGCAGUGGCUGACAGAAGCAACAGACCUCCUCAUCAUCGGCGUUGGCAAGGAGAUUAGGCCGUUAAGCCCCGAUACGAGCAAGAUGCUGGCCUCGCUGGGUCUCCGGAUAGACGUGAUGGACACGAGGAACGCGGCGGCUCAGUUCAACAUGCUAGCUACUGAGAGAGGUGUUUCUGAUGUUGCUGCUGCGCUGAUUCCCAUGGGCUGGAAGGAGGGUGUGGGAGCUGCCCUGCCCGAGGACCAUGCCAAGGAGCAGGAUUAG